AUGGUUUCAAAGCCCAUCGCAAAAAUUCGCCAUGAUCCUUACAGCUGUUGUUUGCUUGCUCCAGAGGAUUCUGUUCAUUCGACAAUGUCGCCAUUUUCGACAGACUCGCUGGUUCAAGGAUGUAGCCCAGAUAGCAUGUCCUACUACGUCAAUCAAACUCCUUAUAGUGGUUUGAGCACUCCCUUUGUUGAACCAAACGUUAAUUGUGGCCCCCUCGCACCGUAUCAGGCGCAGGAGGAGGAGGAACUCACAACGGCAUCGGUCAAUCGUUCAUUAUUUCGCUCCCAAGAUUUUCUCAACAACACCUUAAACCCUCUAGAAGAGGGUAUUAAUUCGUCUAAGCUUGACAAUUCUCCAAAUAGUAUGCCCUCAAAGAACAUUGGGAAGAUCUAUGUUGGUGGACGACCGCGCCCAGUCUUGUGUCGUCACUCUGUGGAGGUAACCGUUGCCCUUCGCUGCGGUGAGGCGCCAUUUAUCAUACCCGAUGUUUACGAAAUUUUCCCAUCGGAGGUAGAGAUAAGUGAUUUAGUCGGGCUCUAUGUGAUUGUUGAGGGAGACCGUGGUGAAGAUAUGGGUGUCAUAUCGGCUGUCAAUUCAAAUCAAAUCAUAACCACAGAAGCAGCUGAUAGAACACCGGAGAAGCAAAAAAACGCGAGUGGGCAUGAAAAUAACAGUAAGGCUGAAAUCAAUAUGAAUUCGCCAAGGGUGUUGCGCCACGCAAACAACCUAGACAUCGCACGCUACGAACAGCUUUCCCAGGCUGAGGAGGAGGCUUUAUCCCGCUGCCAAGAAUGUUUAGCGAGGGCCGACUUGAAAGCACCAAUCACUAUUGAGCGCGCAAUUUUCCAGUAUGAUCGCAAGAAACUUACUGUACAGUUCAAAAGUGACUCCUAUGUAGACUUUAACAUCCUUACGCGCAUGUUGCACACACACUAUAAGUGCCGUAUUUGGAUGCAUCAGCUGAACCGCAACGUCCAGAGUACUUCUAACGGUUCUAAAACACAUGUCGAGCGCCGCCAACAUGAAUCUAAAAUGAAUAUUCGGAAUAAAAAUAAUAAUAAUUGUAACCGACGUCGCGAAUAA